AUGACGGCGCAAGACCCCAAACAGAAAGACACGUCCAGGGAGCUUUCAGGUGCACCGGACCUGAAAUGGCUGGAGGGCGAGGUGCCGCUGGCCCGGGGUUUUGACGACACCUAUUUUUCCAGGGCCGGGGGCAUGGAAGAGACCCGCCACGUCUUCUUGAACGGCAACGGCUUGCCGGAGCGGUUUGAGGGGCGUCAGGCUUUCACCAUCGCAGAAUUCGGCUUCGGAACCGGUCUCAACUUCCUGACAACGCUUGCAACGCUCGCCGGCAUGAGCAGGCCCCCCGGACUUCAUUUCAUCUCGUUUGAACUCUUUCCGAUGACGGCCGGUCAGUUGGAACGGGCCCUUGCCGCGUUUCCGGUGCUUGCUGAAACUUCGGCGGAAUUGAUCUCGAAAUGGGCACCGAAACCGGGCUGGAACCGGAUGACGGUCUCAAAGGCAGAUCUUCUGCUCGGGAUUGGCGAUGCAAGAGAUUUGAUUGCAGAUCUUGUCGUUGAAAGCGGACAAGUGCCGGUGGAUGGAACGGUCAUCGCACCCGUCGAUGCCUGGUAUCUGGAUGGUUUCAGUCCCGCGAAAAAUCCUGAACUCUGGGAUGCGGACCUUCUGGCGAGUGCCGCGACACUGACCGCGUGGGACGGUACACUCGCAUCCUACACGGCUGCAGGCUGGGUUCGCCGCAAUCUGCAUUCGGCCGGAUUUGCCAUCGAAAAGAAAGCGGGUUUUGCGGGGAAACGCGAGAUGGUCGUCGGACGCAAGAGUUGA